UUUACACCACAACACAGAUCAAACAGGUUUCUAAACAAACUCAAACUUUCUAAAUAAGUCUAAACGUCAAGUCAGUUACAAAGACCUCGAAACUUUCUUGCGUUUUUAAAUUCAAGUUUUUCUAGUUUUCUAAGUGUAAGUGUGAUGGAUAUAAUCAGAAAUCCAUAAAUUAUUAAAAUGUUUUACGUUCCUUACUUAACUUUUUUCAAGAUUCAAUUGCUAGAAGUGUAAAAGUUUGAGUAUGGUGCCUCAACAGCAAAGAAGAAGGCGUCGACGGGCUGUAUUGUCCAAGAAUGCAGAAAGACGGGUCGUAGUAGUUAGAGGAGCUGGUGGUUUUGGAUUUACAAUUGCAGGACAGCGUCCUUGUGUCGUUUCUGCCGUGGCAACCGGUGGACCUGCAGAACGAGCAGGUCUCCGCACUGGAGAUGCUUUACUAGCUGUGGACGGAGCCAAUGUUUCGCGAUCUCCUCACGCGUCCGUAGCUAGGACGAUAGCAGGAGCGGAUGGGCCGAUUGCACUCACAGUUGCACCUAGAGAAUCUCCACCUACCGAUACAGAAGAUACGGAACCAGAAGAGCGUGCUAGAACUCGUAGGAGAUAUCCUCCUCCGCGGAGAAGACCACAGCCUGCUGUGUUACAUCAUCCGGAUGACUUGAUGCCCAAUACAAUAAGUAUGUUGUCAUGCUGCUCCUACAACGUCCGGCAUCAGCGAAAUUCUUCAAAACUUAAGUCGCGCUCAGCUUGCGCCAAACCAAGCUGCGCGGUUGGAAUGCCGUGCAGUUGUGGGCUAUUUAGGCACUAUAGAAACGCCACAAGCUACAGCCAAUUCCGCUCCAGAAAACGUCAGAAAUUCUGUAAGAAAACUUCGUCAAGAAAGACGAGCAGCGACACCAGUCCUUUUAUCAGUUCUCCCUAG